ACUCUAUGUUAUGAUUGAUAUUAUCCGCCGUAUAUUAACAGAUUAUUUCAAUUAUGACAUUUUAUUUGUCAUGAAUAUAACUGAUAUUGAUGACAAAAUUAUACUCCGUGCCCGUAAAAAUUAUCUUUUCAAUAACUUUAAAUCUGAAACAAAAUCACUUACUCCAACGCUGAUUGAACAAAUCCGUAGUGCUUUGAACGAUUUUACUAAAUCGAAACUUGGUGUUACGGGUGAUGGCCUCGAGGGCAGUACAUCUCGAGAUGAUCCAAAAUAUCUUUUAUAUGCUAACUCAUUCAGGGAAACCGUCAAAGCUGUGGUAGCAGCUGAAGUAGCACUCGAGGAUAACGAUACUAGCCAAGAAACUGCCCAUCAACUUCUAAAUGAAUCUCAAGAAAUUGUUACAGAAUGGUUGGAUCAAAAGGACGGAGCAUCCAUUACAGACCAAAAAGUUUUUCGUGAUUUGGCUGCUCAUUGGGAACAAGAAUUUAUGGAAGACAUGCAAACCUUAAACGUUCGUCCAUGCGAUUUUCUGACACGCGUCAGUGAAUAUGUUCCAGAAAUUGUCGCAUAUAUUCAAAAAAUAAUUGACAAUGGUUUCGCCUACGAGGUUGAUGGUUCUGUAUAUUUUGAUACCGUUACCUUCAAUAAUAAAGAGUGCCAUCAUUAUGCAAAAUUGGAACCUUGGUCAGCCAACAAUGAAGGACUCAUUGAAGAAGGAGAGGGCAUUCUUGGAAGUAAAUUAUUAGGGAAACGAAACAAGGGUGAUUUUGCUUUAUGGAAAAAGAGUAAAGCUGGUGAACCGUCCUGGGAUUCACCUUGGGGAUUUGGACGUCCAGGAUGGCAUAUUGAAUGCUCAGCAAUGGCUAGCGAAAUUUUUGGCGACCAUCUUGACAUUCAUUCUGGUGGCAUUGACUUAGCAUUCCCGCAUCAUGAUAAUGAAAUAGCUCAAUCUGAGGCGUAUCAUGAAUGCCAACAAUGGGUAAAUUAUUUUGUGCAUAUCGGUCAUUUAAACAUUGAAGGUCAAAAGAUGAGCAAAUCGUUGAAGAAUUUUAUUAGUAUUCGCCAAGCUUUAGAAAAACAUACUGCACGACAAUUGCGAUUAUGCUUCCUUCUUCAUCAAUGGGAUGCAAAACUAGAUUUCAAAGAAAGCACUAUGGGGGAGGCUAAGGGUAUUGAAACGAUUUUAAACAAUUUCUUUGUUAACACAAAAGCACUAUUGAACGAAUUCAAACAAACUGCAUACGAAUCCGAUGGCACACAUCGACAUCAUGCUUCUGAAAAAGAGCUAAUGAACCUAUUUCGUGAAAAACAAUCAGCAGUUCACGCGGCACUUUGCGACUCCUUUAAUACACCAACUGCAAUGGACGAAAUAAUGGAACUCAUUAACAAAACUAACAUCUAUGUAUCUGCUGGAAGAAAUAACAUUAGCAUGUACGUACUCGAAAAUAUAGCAAAAUAUGUGACAAAAAUGUUAAAAAUUUUUGGUGUUAUUGGAAACACAUCAUCUGAAGAUAUUGGCUUCGGUGAUUCGGAACAAAGCGUUAUAAACCGAGAAGAGGUUGUACUUCCAUACCUUCGUGUUCUAUCAAGUUUUCGCGAUAAUGUCCGAGAUCUUGCACGCCAACAGAAAGGACAUGGUGAAUUUUUAGCCUUGAGUGAUAAGCUAAGAGACAUUGAUUUGGUAAAUCUUGGAGUGUCGUUAGAUGAUCAAGAAGAUGGAAAGGCUUUGAUUAAAUUCGUGGACAAGGAUGUACUUAUCAAAGCAAGAGAGGCAAAAUUGCAGCUCCAAGCAGAAAAAGCCGCCAAAAAAGAAGCUGCCGCAAAAGCUAAAGAGGAAGAAAGAAAAAGAAAAUUGGAAAAGGGCAAACUCGCAGCCGAAGACAUGUUUAAAGAGGAAAAAGAUGAAGAUGGAAAAAUUCUUUAUUCUGCAUUCGAUGAACAAGGAAUUCCGACACACGAUAGUAAUGGAGAAGAACUGUCGAAGAAUAAAAUUAAAAAACUAAAGCAAAAAUGGGAUAUUCAAAAGAAGUUAAAUGACGAAUAUCUGGCUACUAUUUCCAAUUCUGACAUUUAA